AUGAACAGUCGUGCUGGACGUCUCUUCAGGAGCAGAAUUACUACCACAAACGACGCUCUAUCGUCAACGUUGAGCACUACGGCAUCGUCAAACAUCGGAGAGGACGUAUUAUCGGACAAUCGGCAUGACGCGUACCAGGGCAAGAGGCAGAAGCCGUGCCAUGAGAUAUCGGGUCGUGACCCGUUUGAGGUGAGUCGUUCUGAAAACAAGUCAGCUGAGAGAAGCCGCCUGAUGGCGGCGGGUACGACACUGAAGACGGAAUGGCCGUACGAGAUUGGAGCUGAGUCGUUAUGUUCUGCGUUGCAGACUCGUUGCUUGAAUGCCAAGGACAACCGAACAAGCGGGAUCGCCAUCGUUUUGGACUGGGACGACACGUUGUUUCCGACAAGUUGGAUGCGGAAGGUCCAGUCGGCUUUAAAUCGCAAAUAUCGCAAAGAAUCUUGGGACGGUGGCAAUGAGAUGUGGACGAUGUUCGACUUGAAGCAUUUGUCGUCAGAGGAUCGCGUUCUGUUACGGAGGCUGGAGUUGUCUUCCAUUGAAAUGUUGCGCUCUUGCGCCCAGAACUCCGACCAGAUGUACAUCAUUACUAACGCGCAGUUGCCUUGGGUAGAGAUCUCUGCGUCCAAGUUCAUGCCCAAGUUGUUACAAGCCGUGAAGAAGUAUAAAGUUCCCAUCAUCAGUGCCCGAGACACCUACCUAGCCCACAACCGUACCGCCGCCGAAGAGGUGCCGCCGGAGAUGUGGAAGAUGUGUGCCUUCCAGACACUUAUGCUCAAGCUGUUACAGCCGACUGAUGCCCCGGCAACCACGAGUCCGGCGGAGGGACGUACGCGCGAACCUCGGACUCGCAACCGCAGUCUCCCGCCUUCCUCGGGUCAACGUUGGUGGCGUGGUUGGCGCCACACACGUGUGCGUUCCGGUUAUGACUCGCUCCUUUACAAUCGCGCGGUCCUUGUUAGUAUCGGAGACUCUGAGUGCGAACGCACUGCGCUUAUGAAAUGUCGCGAAACUUACUAUCAUCACGCCUACUUCAAAAGCAUUAAACUUGUUGACACGCCGCACCCACUUCUUCUCAAACGCCAACAGGAUUACAUCAAACGCUGCAUCUCCGAAGUACUCGCCAUACACGACAGCGUCGACAUCAUCUUCGAACCCCCGCCCCAACAAACCGUUUCCUAA